AAUAAAGUUCUUAUUUUUUCAGGGCUCUUUCUACAAAGCUGCAGGAAAUGAAACAUAAGAUUCAAACAGCUGUUGUGGACCGUGUUGUUGAAGAUUUUGUUGACAUCACAACUCCCCUUAAGCAGUUCACUGAUUCUGUUCUUGCACCAGAAGGGACUCCUGGUCGUGAACAAGCCUUUGACAACAGAGCUGCCAACCUGGCUAAUUUCAGCAACAGAGCAGCCAAAACAGCCCUAAUGGUUGCUGCAGGUAGUUCUGGUGGAAAUAAGAAAUUGACAGAAGCUCUUUUAGCAUCAUCUGGGCAAGUGGAAAGCUUGACCCCUCAGUUGGUUGCAGCAGGACGUAUUCGCAUGACAUAUCCCACAAACAAGGCAGCAGAUGAACAUUUUGAGAAUCUGCGUAGACAGUAUGCAGAGAGUAUCCAAAAAGUGAGAGACCUUGCAGAUGAAGCAACAGACUCUGCUGCUUUUAUCAAAGCUUCAGAAAAUCUGAUAAAGAAACACACUGCUGCUUGUGAGUCAUCGAUUGCCACACAUGAGCCACAAUCAAUGGUAGACAAUACAAGUGCCAUUGCCCGUCUUGCCAAUCGGGUACUAAUGGUAGCAAAACAAGAGGCUGAUAAUUCUGAGGAUCCUGGAUUUGUAGCAAAAGUCAAUGCUGCUUCUGACCAACUACAAGCAGCUGUAACCCCAAUGGUACAAAAUGCAAAGGAUGUUGCAAUGAACCCAGAUGAUCAGAGAGCCAUAGGCAGAUGGCGACAGUCUAACCAGGCUUUACUGACUGCAGUUGGUGAAGUGCGUCGUGCAGUAAUGGUAUAUCCUGAUGAGGAACCUAUUAUUCCACCCCCACCAGACAUGUCAGCACUCUCUCUAAGUGCUCCUCCGCGUCCUCCUGCCCCACCACAAAUGAUCGACCUUGAGGAUGACAUUUUUAAGGUUGAUUUCAUGAAAAUAUUUGGGGAACCAGAAAGAGCAUUGACUCCUUUGCAGUAUCAGAGCAUCCACAUGCCUGAAAGAGAUCAAGCACCUCCUCGUCCUCCUCUACCUGGUGGUGAAAAGGCACCACCCCGCCCCCCUCCUCCAGAGACAGAUGAUGAGGAUGAGACAAACAUGUUUAGCGAAGCUCCUCUGCCCAGUCAGCCAAUUAUGAUGGCUGCUCAUGGGUUGCAUCAAGAGGUUCGGCAGUGGUCUUCUAGGGACAAUGAUAUCAUCGCAGCAGCAAAGAAGAUGGCACUGCUGAUGGCUCGUUUGUCUCAACUUGUUCGUGGAGAAGGUGGAACAAAGAAGGAUCUCAUAGCAUGUGCCAAGGCCAUUGCCGAAGCCUCAGAAGAGGUUACACGUUUAGCAAAGGAUCUUGCACGGGAAUGUACAGAUAAAAGAAUGAGGACGAAUCUGUUACAAGUAUGUGAACGUAUACCAACCAUUGGAACACAGCUGAAGAUCCUGUCAACUGUAAAGGCAACAAUGCUGGGUGCUCAAGAGAUCCUGAUUGGGUCCAGCUCUGAGGAGGAUCAGGAGGCAACAGAGAUGUUGGUUGGAAAUGCCCAGAACUUAAUGCAGUCUGUCAAGGAGACUGUUCGUGCUGCUGAAGCUGCGUCCAUCAAGAUUCGUACUGAUGCUGGCAUCAGGUUAAGAUGGGUUCGCAAACAACCCUGGUACCAAUAUUAGUUUUCAAACUAGAUUGUGUAGCUCACAGCAAAGUAUCUGGUACUUUUUGAGUAUAAAAGAUCAGCAUAUUCACACCUCUUCAGGUCUAAUUGUGUCUUUUAUGAUUUAGUUAGAAGUUUUCUAAAAUUAUUGUGUAUGAGCCAAAUUCUAAUUGUAUUUCUAAUGUUUUCUUGAUUAACUAUUGCCAUUAUUUGAAGCCUAAUAUUUUAUAAAAGUAAAUAUCUUUAAGUUGAGCUAAAUUUAUUAUUAUUGACAUGAUAAGGACUGUCAGAUGAUGAGCUGACAGUGAAAAAGAUAUAUGCAUUUCAUAUUUUUUUUUUUUUUUUUUUUUGUUAAAUCUGAUUUAUUAAUACUAGCAAUAAAUUAAUGUUUUAUUGCAUAAGCUGCAAAAACUGCACAUGAGUUGCAGCUGUGCACAUAAUAUUAUUUCCGUUACACAUUUGAGAAUAGUUAAUUUUGACUGUGCCAAAAAUAGUCUUCCUUUUGUGGUGAAGAUUACUGUCCAAAACACAAAAUGUUUUAGUUAGUUACUUGCAUUUAAGCUUUAUGAACAACUGUCUCUUAUCUGAAAAAAGUGGACAUCAGUGAAAAUAAAUUUCCUUCCAUAUCAUAUAUAUUAUGUGAUGAAGGAAUUCAUUUUUUUCAUGUGUUUGAAACAAUAACUGGUGUGCAUUGAUGUAUCCAAAAUUAAAUUUAUUUUAAAUUGGAUUCCUCAAUGUUGUGAAUAAUAAGAUUUCAUUGUCAUGAAAUAAGAUAUUAGGCAUACUUUCUUCCCUUUGUUACACUAAGAAAGAAUAUUAACUGGAUUUAUUUACCAUGUUGCUUACCCUUUCUCAAAACUAACACUAAUCUAACUUGUGACUAAUGUUUAUUUAUUGGUGCUGGAACUGUAUUGUAUUGUAAGAUUAAUCUGUCUGACAAAUUAAACUGAAAGUACAGUUUGCACUUGUUAUGACUAUGAAAUUAAGAUAAGAAACAAAUGAAUAAAGGUAUAUGUUCAAAAGAACCUGUUGAAAUGUCCAAGUUUGUUGUAUUUGUAAUAAUUUUAGUGCCUUUAUGCUGUCAUUUUGAAGUAGUAAUUGGCUUUUCUAACUUUGAAUGCAAUUCAUACAUAGCAUUUAUGAAAAUGUUAGUUGCUACGCAAAUCCAUAGAAGUUAUUUUUAAUAUACAUGCAAACAUUUUGCUUUUGUAACAAGGAUAUCAGACGUAUUAGAUAUAAAAUGCAUAUUACCACUUUGUAACAGGCCUUGAUGCAACAUGCAUUUUUUGAAAUUUACUCAAGUUCAAAAUGCAAGUGCAGUUUAGAGGUCUGAUUUUGAUGUUCCUACUUUCAUUCAGAUUUAAUUGUAUUUUGUGCAUACAUUCUUACUCUGCAAUGCCCUAGUGAUUUAAGAAUUACUUACAAUCACAUGGAGGCCUUAGAUAUGAAGCUUUUAUCAUCACUGUUAUGAAAGAUAUACCCAAGAUCAUAGAACAGACACCGAAAAUGUAGAUAAAUACAUAACAAACUUUU